AUGUUCGACUGGCACACCAAGUGGGCUUUCCGGCUCAAUGACAGCACCGGCAAAAUCUACAAGAUUGAUGAAAUGAUCAUGGGUGCAAUUAUGGACAGCCCCGACUGUAUCGCAAUGCUCUACCGAGCUGGUGUACCUGGUUGGUAUGUCCGACCGCCCUCAAGUAUCCCACAUGACAUGACUAUUCGUUGCAUCGUCGCACCUGGUUGGGAAAAAAUGCCAACGACACGCAGUCCCUGCCAGAACUGGCGUGAGGGGCAUUUUGGUCCCACUGACGCUCAAGUCGUUGCCAAGGAGGCCCCAAGUGGUCCUGCCAUGGUGGUGUCUUUUCCAUCCGCCCCAUCUUCGUCCCAUGGAGCCGCCAUCCAAAUGUCGAAUAAACCUGCACAAGGCAAGUUCCCUUCUGGCCCAUCUCGGCGGUUACUAAUUGAAUUGGAGCCGGAUUUGGACUAUGUACCACUGCAAUCCGCUGCCUGGAAGAAGGCGUUAGCAGCGGUGGAUACCGAUUCUCGCCGCAUAACCUCGAACCCCAUCGGGAACAAGCUCCGCGGUUAUCAAUUCCCGGACCCCUUUCUCUUUAUCACCGGCACAAACCAUAGAAGCAUGAUACUGGCUUGGCUGAUGAUGCAAGCUCAGUGGCUUCAGUCGCUCAUCAACGUCGAUACCGNCCUGCAUCACCCCCGCAUUGGCGGAAUAUCUCUAUGA